UUGCUAGCUGUCACUGACGAGUGCAGAUUGUCAACACGUAAAUUUUGAUCGCAGCAAAAAGCUAAAACAACGAAUUGGUUCGGAAACAAUACAGUUUGUACACCGUUCGCUCGCCCAGCUGAGUUACACGAUACCGUGCAGUAGUAAUUGAAGGUGCGAUGCAAAACACUAAAGCACAUUGGCCAGCCUAAAAGUGAACAUAUAAAAUAGUGCUCUUCUACUGCUGCAUCGCUAAAGCCAAACUUUUCCCCACUGCGAACGCAAUCCGUACGGGACUUUCCGGUUGCGGAGGCUGUGGCAAGCACCGAGCGUGAAAAGACACGGGGUAAAGACGGAGCAAACACGGGUUCGGCGAGAUGUUGUUAAAUAUUCACGACUCGUCACAGCUGGCCGAUAGCCGGCGGCUGGGAACCGUGCUGUUAUUCCUAUUAAUAGAACUGUUCUUCGAGGGUGCUGAAACUGCCUCACAAGCCGAAAUCGAUCGGCAUCUAGAAAUUGGGCGAGACUUCCUGGCCCGAGGUCAGCUAUCGGAUGCGUUAACGCACUACCAUGCAGCUGUUGAGGGUGACCCGAGCAACUAUCUUACCUACUUUAAGCGCGGCACAGUUUACUUCGCCCUCGGGAAGGCCAAAUUUGCCAUCAGCGACUUUACGCGCGUGCUGGAGCUGAAGCCCGACUUUACCGCGGCCCGGGCACAGCGUGGUUCCGUGUACCUGAAGAUGGGCGACUUCGAGAACGCCGAGCUGGAUCUGAUGGUGGUGCUGCGCAUGGAUCCGCACAACGAGGAAGCGAACGUGCACUUCAGUCGCAUUGGACCGGCCCGCGACCAGUGGGUGCUGUGCGUGGACUUGAUGGAACGGGGCGAUUUUAAUACGGCGAUCGCGCUGCUCACACAGCUGCUCGAGGUGUGUCCCUGGUCGGUACCGAUCCGCGAGUCCCGGGCCCAGAUGUACCUGCGCAUCGGUGACCGGAUGGCAGCGGUCAGCGAUUUCCGCUCGGUGAACCGAUUGUCGCACGACAGCACGGAAGGCUACUACAAGCUGUCGCGCAUCCUGUACGAUAUCGGUGAUUCCGGCGCGGCACUGAAAGAGAUCCGCGAGUGUUUGAAGCUCGAUCCCGAGCACAAAGAUUGCUUCCCGUUCUACAAGAAAAUCAAGAAGGUGGACAAAGUGUACGUGGACGCGCAGCGGGCACAGGAAGAGCAGCGGUACGCGGAUUGCAUCGCCGGGGGCGAAAAACUAGUCAAGCUGGAACCGGACGUUCCGAUGAUAGUGUACAACGGUAAGCAGCUGCUGUGCAGCUGUCUGGUGAAGGAGGAAGAGUUUACGGACGCGGUUGUCCGGUGCCGGGAAGCGCUCGACAUCUAUCCCGAUCCGGAGGUAAUGUGCGAUCGAGCCGAGGCACUGAUAGGCGCGGAAAUGUACGACGAAGCCAUCGCCCAGUACCGUGAGGCGCUCGAAAUUCACGACAAUCUGCAGCGGGCCAAGGAUGGCAUCGAGCAUGCGCAGCGCGUUCAGAAGCAAGCCGAACGGCGGGAUUACUACAAAAUUCUCAACGUCAAGCGUACCGCCACGAAGCAGGAAAUCGUGAAGGCGUACCGAAAGGCGGCACAAAAGUGGCACCCGGACAAUUUCCAGGGCGACCAGAAGAAGAUGGCGGAGAAGAAGUUUAUCGAUGUGGCGGCGGCAAAGGAGGUGCUGACCGAUCCGGAAAAGCGACGACAGUUCGACGCCGGCCAGGAUCCGCUCGAUCCGGAGGCGGGCCGGAACGGGUUCGGUGGAGGUAAUCCGUUCCAUCACUUCCAUCACGGGUCUCCCUUCCAGUUUAAGUUCCACUUUACGUAAUGUGGGUGCGGCCAGCGCAUGUUCUUACCUUCCCUCGGUUCCUUUCGUUAGAUCUAAAAUCAAUGCGACAGCAUUCACGCAUUAAGCAUCAUUCUUCGCUCUAGGGAAUCAGCGUGCAAGUGCUCAGAUACACUAGACACACACACACAUAAGUACCGUCGUGGGGGGGCAGAGUUGCGGGUCGGAACCGACCGCGUUGAAGGUGCCAGCUUUAAUUUAUUUUUCUGAUCCGAUAGAUUAGAGGGAGAUUUUUCUUUUGGCGGCAAUUGAGUUCCCACGUUUGAUAAACGUUUAAUUUUAACCAAUACCUCUUUAUCAACUCUCCACACACUACUUCCCGUACACAGCCAGAUCGUCCCACGUGCGUGGAAGAAAGCAACCUUAAACCGAACCAUUCGCGGGCCGAAAGCGGAAGAAUGGACAUUUUGUCAUGGAGUGUUACUAUGGCAAUCGGGGUUUCUUUUUAAGCGAAAGCUCUCAAUUAGCGUGUGUAGCGCGUGUGGAUUGCCAGCAAUUCCCAGCAAAUAGUAGAAAGGGCGGCAGAAGCGAAGUUCUAGCAAAUCGGCGCCGUCGAUAGACUGAUGAAACGUGUUGGAUGAAUGAAUGAAGAGAUCGAACGCGGAAUAAAUAACAGCUUGUUAACGUGUUUUUUGUACAUAUUAAUACGAUGCGCUUUGGUCACAACAAUCUAAAAAGCUACAAACAAUAAAGAAAAACCUCUUAGUGAUAUUAGUAA